AUGGCAGAAUCAAGUGGUUUUUUGACCGCACUAUCGACAUCACCCCAGACCUUUCUACAGCCGCCAUCUUCCCUCCAUCUCGACAGUCUGUCCUACCUUAAAUCGAUCCUCGAUCCGCUGGCCACCAAUGUCGCCACUGCUCAGAGUUCGCGGCGGGAUGAAAACAGGAAGAAGAGGAAGAGAGGCGGUUUUGAGCAGGAGGAGGAAGUUCUGCAACUACGCCAGGUCUACACAAACGGGCUCGGGGUCAAACAAGUGUGGGAGCAGGCGAGAAGGAUCCUAGAUGCUACAUGCGCAGAGAUUGAGAGGGAUGUUGGUAUCCACAGAGCUCGACACCAAACGAAUGGAGAAGCGCAGGUUGCCCCGAACGACCAGAAGGACGAUUCCGCAAGCCCUUCAGAGGAAGAAAUUGAUGAUACAGAGGACAGUGAGUUAGAAAACGACGUUCUGGGUGAUGACGCUGUGGACGAGGACGACGGUCCCUUGGACGACACAUAUCUCGACGGUAUGGAAGACAUCGAGGACGAUGAUUCUGACGCAUCCGAGCCGGUUGACCAGGACCCCGAGACAUACGUCGAAGACCCCAACCAUCUUAACGAUGGCUUCUUCUCCAUCGACGAGUUCAACAAACAAACACAGUUUCUUGAGCAGCAAGAUGCACGUGGCGAGGACGACAACCCAAGCGACGAGGACGAUAUCGACUGGGAUGCAGACCCCUUAACCAUGCCUUUCCACACGACGAAGGCCAACACUGAUGAGAAGAACAAGGAGGCGGACGCUGGCGAUGAAUCGUCGGACGAGGGAGACGGGCCGACCUUUGGCGAUGCAGACCUAAAUGCGGACGACACCGACGAAGACAUGUUGGACCAAGAAGACGGCGCCUUGGAGGACGGUUUGCCGGGCCUUGAUAACACAAACGAAAUCCGAUACGCCGACUUCUUUGCUCCUCCACCAAAGAAACAGUCAAAGACCAAGCGAAUGAGGGCGCUGCCGAAAACACAACCCAAACCUCAACAGCAGGGGGCGAAUGAUGACAUUGAAAACGAUCUUCAACGAGCAAUGGCUGAUGUCCGACGUGACCUGCUCGAGUCAGAUGAGGAAGACUCAGGUCUUGAGUCUGGGUCUGACGUGGACGAUACGAGGUCAUCGGGUAGGAACAUGUCUACACACGAGAAGCAGCGCGCAGCGAUUGCCGCCGAGAUUCGCCGUCUCGAGGCUGCCAGCGUGGCAAAGAGAGACUGGACACUUUCAGGCGAGGCACGUGCGGCUGAUCGACCUCUGAACUCAUUGAUUGAGGAGGAUAUGGAGUUCGAACGAGUCGGUAAACCUGUACCCGUGAUCACCGCCGAGGUCUCCGAAGAGAUUGAGCAGUUGAUCAAGAGACGGAUCCUGGCCCGUGAGUUUGACGAAGUCAUGCGCCGUCUCCCAGACGCGGCUAGCGGCGCCAGUGAUGCUCGCCGAGGCCGCAUAGACCUAGAUGAUACGAAGCCUCAGACCAGUCUUGCGGGCAUCUACGAGCAGGAACAUUUGAAAGCGACUGAUCCUGGCUAUGUCGACAAACGAUCAGCCGCGACCAAGAAGCAGCACGAAGAAAUUUCAAGGUUGUGGAAAGAUGUAUCAGGUCAACUAGACCUCCUCAGUAAUCUGCAUUUCAAGCCCAAGCGGGCGGAAGCCGAGAUCAAGGCGGUGGAAGACAAACCCACCAUUAGCAUGGAGGAUGCUCGGCCGGUCGGGGCUGGCAUCAAUGCUGAAGAAAGCAUGCUUGCACCACAAGAAGUGUAUCGGCCGGGCGAGGAGAAGAGAAAUGAUAACGUGGUUGUCCGCAAAAGCGGUGCAAGUAUGAGCAAGGAAGAGAUGACGCGAGAAGACAAACUGCGGCGGAGAAGGAGAGAGAAAGAGCGUAUGAAGAAAGCCCAAGGCGGUGCCUCAGGGACGGGCCCGGCUCAAAGUGCUGGUAAUGGAGCAUCGAAGAACGUGAAGGGCAAGACCAAGGAGCAAGAGAAGUCGGACAUCCUGUCUGAGCUGCGCAAGGGCAAUGUCAAGGUCGUGGGCAAGAAGGGCGAGCUGCAGGACUUGAAUGGGAAGAAAGGCAAGGGAGCCGCCAGUACUGGCGCGGUAGGCGGCGGUGCCUACAAGCUGUAG